AUACUUAAUAAAAAUUCGUAUUAUGUAUUUUGUUUAAUAUUGUUUCAUGUAAUAAAUGUGCAUUACUUAAUAUGAUAAAAUACUUUGUCUUAAUAACUUUUUCUAUAUAUGUAAUGCACAUUUUUUUUGUGUUUCUAAAAGUAGAAUUAAAUAUUGUAAUUUAUUGUAUAUUAUAAUACAAUAAACAAUAAAAUAUUAGCUUCAGUAAUUUAAAUUUACAAAAAAUAUAGUAUCUAUUUUAUUUGUAUAUCAUUUUCUAUUUUUCAUGCAUUAAUUUGAAUAUAUCGUAUAUUAUAAUUUUAUCAAAUAAUGCAUAAAAUAUAAAUAAUAUUCGAAUAAUUGAUAUUAAGACUGCAAUUUUCAAUUUUUGUGUUUCCCGCAAUUUGAAGCAAAUGAAAUACCAUUAAUGCGCGCUGUAUUGUAUAAAUCGAUGCGUCUCAGCCGCGGGCUUUUAGCUACUUUUAGCCUACUCCAAUUUUUCUGCGUCCCGGUUUACGAGGUUUUUGCUUCAUUCGAGUAUUUUAAAACAUCAUAAUGUAUAAUUUAAAAAAUAAAAACUUAUAAUGAAUGUGUCUUAUAUUAAAAUAGUCUCGAUUAUAUAUAUUCAUUGAAUAUAUUGAUGCAUUUUUUUCAAUAAGCAAUAAGAAUAUGAUCUCAUUUUUUCAUUGUUCGAAUACUUGUCGUAAUUGUGUUGAGCAAUUUGUGUGAAAUUAAUAUGUUCCUUGUUAUACUACCAAUUUACGAAGCUUUAUCAACCCCGGCAAUUUGCGUUCAGCAAUACGGGGAUUUGCAUUUAUUAGUUGCAUAAUUAUAUUAAAUAAUGAGAAUCAACGCAACAAAAAUGAGUACUCCGAUCGAGGAGAAGAUUGAUCAGAAGUUGAAGGUAAGAACAGGGAUGGUGAGUGUUAGUGAUGGAAAAAGUAAACCGGUACCAAUGCGUUUACAUUUAUCUAUGGAAGUUUUAAAACUUCAAAGAGAAGAUUUAGAGCAGGCAGCGAAUCAUAAUAAACCACCAUUAGAUGCUAAAGAAAGAAUGGUACAAAUUACAAGACAAAAAGUUGGAGGUUUAGGAUUAAGUAUAAAGGGAGGAGCAGAACAUAAACUUCCUGUACUUAUAUCUAGAAUUUAUAAAGGCCAAGCAGCUGAUCAAUGUGGCCAACUAUUUGUAGGAGAUGCAAUUAUUAAAGUAAAUGGAGAAUAUAUAACUGCAUGUAAUCAUGACGAUGCUGUCAACAUUUUAAGAAAUGCUGGUGAUAUAGUAGUUUUAACAGUAAAACAUUAUCGUGCAGCAAAGCCAUUUCUACAAAAAAAUGAAAAAGAAGAAAAAUUAGAUAAUGUUGCAAAUGGAGGAUCAGAAGAUGAAUGGUUAUCAUCUAAUAGACAAAGUGAUAGUUCUAGGUGUGGUCAUAGUAGACAAAGUUCAAAUGCAUCUGCCACUUCAAUGCAAUAUAAAAAAUGGAUAGAUAUUAUAACAGUUCCAUUAAUGAUGGCUUAUGUGACAAGAUAUAUCUUUGGAACAGAUAAACUAAGAAGAAAUGCGUUUGAAGUAAGAGGAUUAAAUGGUGCACGUACUGGUGUAAUUCAUUGUGAUGAUAGUGCCAUUUUAAGUCAAUGGUUAAAAUAUAUAACUGAUAACAUUACAGGUUUAACGCAUUUACAGAUGAAAUUAUAUAACCGCAAUUUUGGAGUUGGUGAACGUAUAGAAUAUAUGGGAUGGGUUAAUGAAGCAGUAAGUAAUAGUAAUCAACCAUGGCAAAGUUAUAGACCAAGGUUUUUAGCAUUAAAAGGACCAGAUUUGUUAUUAUUUGAAACCCCUCCUUGUAAUAUAGGAGAUUGGUCACGAUGUGCAUUAACUUUUAAAGUAUAUCAAACAAUGUUUCGCGUAAUGCGAGAAUCUGAAAAUGUCGAUGAAAGACAACAUUGUUUUUUAGCACAAAGUCCAGGUAAACCACCGCGAUAUUUAAGUGUCGAAACUAGACAAGAACUAUUAAGAGUAGAAGCAGCAUGGCAUACUGCAGUAUGUUCGGCUGUUACACAUUUGAAAAGUAAAACAUUUCCAGUUACUUUUAAUGGAAAAAGUGCAGGUUUAACUCUAGAAUGGACUCAAGGUUUUACACUUUCUUAUGAUGACAUUGGAGAGACUGUAUGGCGUUAUAAAUUUUCACAAUUAAGAGGAUCUAGUGAUGAUGGAAAAAGUAGAUUAAAAUUACAUUUUCAAGAAUCGGAUAGUAUUGCUAUUGAGACAAAGGAAUUGGAAUGUUCUCAAUUGCAGAAUUUAUUAUUCUGUAUGCAUGCAUUUUUAACUGCAAAGGUUGCUGCAGUUGAUCCAACAUUUUUAACAUCAACAACUCCAUAAAAUUGAACCAAGAACGGAAUUGUUGAAGAGGUAUUUGCUAUAACGUGUCAACUCGUGUAUCAAUAUGGCGGCGAAUCUCGAAGAAGAGCAAAGUUUAAGAGAGUGCGAGGAAUACGUACAAAGACACAAUAUUCAACA